AUGGGCGCGAAGAGAAUAGCACUGUUUUUCGCCAUUUCGUGGAUAUUUGCUCUCUUCUAUUUUUCUGAACGAACUCCUUCCUUCGAAAAAGAAGACAGUUCGGAGUUAGCAAACCAUAUGACAGAACUGCUGACAACGAUCAGAGAGCUGCAGGAGAUGAACCGAGAGCUCAAAGUAAAUCUGGAUGAAAAGGAAAAGGAAGCGGAAAAUGCAAGGAGACUUCAAUCAGAAUACCAGUGGGACAGAUCAAACCAAGGCGAAUACUUUCGUAAUCAUGACCACGUCAUUUAUGAGUCGAUUGGAAGAGAGUUAAAGCGACGAUUGUGGGAGUUAUACUACAUUAGUUCUCAUCCUAUGAUGGGUUCUACGAAACAUUUGGAGGACCAGCUCCUCUCCUUACUCGUAACUUCCUCGAAAUUGUCACUAAUGGAUGGUGCAGCCGAAAGGAGACGAAUCUCCCUUCAAGCAGUUACAGAUUCCAUUCAAAUGAAGUUGAAUGAGACACAGUGGAAGCACGACUGUUCGAAAGCUAAGUUUCUUGGAUGCACUGUUAUUGAUACAUGCGGUUUUGCUUGCCAGGUCCAUCAUCUCGCUUAUUGCCUUUUCGUUGCCUUCGCAUAUAACCGAGUUGUUGUUCUUCGAAAUGAAGGCAGACCCUGGGGCUAUCACAGACACGGCUGGUUUGGUCCUUUCCAACCUUUCAGCAAAUGCGGUGCUCCGGCUGAGGCGAGAUGGAAUAGCGAAAUCGAGACGAUACUGGGUGACAACCGAACGUUGUUGGUACUCAAUUCUAUCGAAAAUCCUAACAGAAAUUACAUAAGUCAAGUUCACUUUAAACUGAAUCAUUCUAUCCGUCUAGUCGAUAUAUUUGAAGUGUUAUUUUUGCUGCUUAUUAUUCCGUUAGAUGCAAUAUUAGCACCAUCAGUUAGCACAUCUGGUAAAAGCGCUUUCAGGCCAGAUCCCUUUCCACCAUCUAUUCCAAAGACAAUUGCUCCGCAGUUGAUCCAACUGCAUUCAAAUCCUCCGGCGUUCUUCAUGGGUCAGUUUGCCUGGUUCAUUCUCAAGCCUAAACCACAGAUUUAUAAUUUCGUGGAAAUGAGUGCUUCUCGUAUUCCCUUCGAUUCUGGACUAAUCGUCGGCGUACAUGUACGGAGAACGGACAAACUCGAUCGAGAAAUGAAGUACUACCCUGUGUCAGAGUACAUGAAAUGGUGCGAGCUGUAUUUUCAGAUCGAAGAGCGAAGGAUAAAAAGAGCACUGAAACGUCGAGUUUACGUAGCUUCAGACGAGCCCUCUGUCCUGGAUGAAGUGAAAGUAAAGUAUCCUAACUACGAAGUUUUCGGUGAUGCGGCAUUCUCAAAAGGUGCCAAGAUAAAUAGUCGCUACAGUGAAAGAUCACUGCGGGGUUUGCUCACUGACCUACUGCUGUUGAGUCGAUGUAACUAUCUGGUUUGCACAUUCUCCAGCCACUUUUGCCGCUUGGCGUACGAGCUCAUGCAGGUGCGAAGAGGAGAUGUAGGAGAAAGUUACCGUUCUCUUGAUGAUAUGUACUAUUUUGGAGGUCAACAACCUCAUGAACAUAUUGUUAUCGAGGACCACUCACCAGAGAAUCCUGACGAAAUCAGCUUAAAGAUUGGAGAUAUUCUUACCGUCAAAUCAAAUCUUUGGAAUGGAUAUUUCAGAGGAAGGAAUUCGAAGACGGAAGAGGAGGGACUGUAUCCUUCCUACAAGGUUGAAGAAAAAUGGAAAGUUGUUGAUUUUCCAGCUUUGGAAGACCAAAUCCGCUGA